UUCAUUCCUUUCUAUUCCCGGUUCUGGAGAACCGCGGCUCAUUCCCUUCUAUAACACCCUGUGGGCUUCACAUUCCUUUCGGACGCUGGAACCGGCACACCCGAUAUCGUUCACUUUAGACGGAUCACGACUCAUUACUUCACUCCUUCGAGCGAGGCAGAUUUAAAAACAGAAGGCUACCCCCAAGAUAGUCAUCCUACCAAACCGCAACCAUGCGCACCCACGCCAUCUCGCUGCUGUCCCUCCUUCCGCUGGUGUCAGCGGUGCCAGCACCCGCCUACCCCGGCUUCAAGACUAUCUGGUCAGAUGCCUUUGAAGGCAGCGCAGGCUCACCCCCGGACCAGGGCGUAUGGAACAUCAUCACGGGCCUCCAUGUAAACAACGAAGUCCAAAGCUACACGACCUCGAACCAGAACCUCCAGCUCUCGGGUGGCAGCACAGUCCAGCUCGUCCCGCGCCGGUCCCCCUCGGGAGAAUGGACGUCGGCGCGCAUCGAAUCCAAAGCGACCUUCACCCCCGCGCCGGGCAAGCUGACCCAGUUCGAAGCGGCGAUCCGGUUCGGCGACCACGCGGCGGCGCUCAAGCAGGGGAUGUGGCCGGCCUUCUGGCUGCUGGGCGACGCGGUGCACCACGGCACGCCGUGGCCGCUGUGCGGCGAGCUGGACAUCAUGGAGACGGUCAACGGCCUGCCGACGGCUUACGGCACGCUGCACUGCGGCGACGGCGCCCGCGGCGGGCCCUGCAACGAGCCCAACGGCCGCGGCGGCACCGUGGCGCUGCCCGACUACGGCUGGCACACCUGGACGCUGCAGGUCGACCGCACCAACGCCGGCGGCGACUGGAGGGGCGAGACCAUCCGCUGGCUGGUCGACGGGCACAAGUUCAAGGAGAUCACGGGUGCCGAGAUUGGCGACCAGGGCAUCUGGGCCACGCUGGCGCACUCGCCCGUGUUUAUGAUCUUGAACGUGGCUGUUGGCGGCGACUGGCCCGGCGCUCCCAGUGCCGCUACCGCCGACAGCUGGGGCAGCAUGAUGGAGGUCGAGUAUGUCGCCGUGUACGAGACAGCUUAGGCACCCUUGCUUGCUCUUGCUUGCUGCUGCCACCUUUUGUUUCUGCAUGACGGUGCGUCUUCUUGGGGGAAAAAUAAGCGGGGAGUUUUUGGAUAAAUGGCAGGGUUGGAUAUCUCAAGAUGCUCAGGAAGCGGAUACCAAGGUCUUUUUGUUGACAGCGACGGCGUCACGGUGGCGUGGUUGGGAUCCCGCUUGAUGCGAAAGGUGGUACUUUGUUGCUAGUGC